AUGUCAUCGGACCCCAAACCCGUCGGCGGCCAGUGGCACAAGGCCGCGCGCGGGGAGUUGUCCCCCCCCAAGGGCGCGAGCGAGGAGACGCUCGUGCCUCAGCUGUUCACGGCAUCAGGGUCAGCAACCACGUCGAAGUCCAGCAAACGACGGCACCUGCGCAAACUCGGGCUGGCGGCGACGCCACCUGCGCCGCCGCCCGAGGCGUCGGUUCCUGCCACCGCGUCCGCCUCUGCCGCCGACAAGCCGAGCCGGACCAUUCGCCGGCGAGCGCUCAAGCAGCGGGCUGCGCAGGCGAAGCGGGCGGCGGCGGAGAAGCCCAAGCCCAAGCCCAAGCCGAGGCGGGCCGAGUCCAGCCGGUCGGGCAGCCUCCCCGUGCUUCACGAGGACCAGCACGUCAUCGCCGUCGACAAGCCCGCGGGAAUGCUGAGCCACGCGUCGGAGGGCGACUCGAGCGCGAGCCUCGUCGAUGCCCUCGCCGGCCGGCAGGUCGUCGCUGGCCACUCGCCUCUCUCGGAGGAGAUGCUGAUGCCGCGACUCGCGCCGACCGGCGAGCCCGACUCGCACAUCCCGCGCUGCGUCGUCCACCGGCUUGACCGAGGCACGUCCGGCGCGCUGCUGCUCGCAAAGACGCCGCAGGCCGAGGCCGCCCUGGGCGCGGCCUUCCGCUCCCGCACCACGGCCAAGCGGUACAUCGCCCUCCUCUCCGGCCGCCCGAACCCGCCUCGGCCGGUCGGCGGAGCGUCUGCGCGGGAGAGGCCGGAGGCGGAGGGAGGAGGGAUCGCAGUCGAGGCGCCGCUCGGGCGCGACGCGGCGAGGCCGGGUCGCUCUGUGGUGGACGCGGCUGGCGGCAAGCCCGCGUCGUCCGCGGGCGGGCCAGCCUUCCGCGCAAGCCUGGGCGUGCUCGCCGGAGUCCGGCGCGGCCGGCCGCUGCUGCACGCGUGGUCGAUGAGCGUCCCACACCCCGCGCCCGCUGCGCCGCCGCUGCAGGUGCGCGCCCCGCUGCCGCCAGACAUGGCGGCGCUGGUCGAGAGGCUCUGGCCGGAGCUCGGGCUCGACCCGGCGGCGUGGCCGCAGCUGUCGCUGUCGCAGCUUGAGACUUUGGAGGCUCGUGCCAUGUGA